GCGUACAUACUAUAAGAAUCACGAUCGACGCGGUACGGUAUCGAGCCCUGAGUUUACGUACAUUGUACCUCCGGGUUUUACCAUAUGUUCUAGAUUUUGUCUUCUGUUAUAGAUUGAAAUUGCUGGUAAAAUCUGAUAUUUUACUCAGCAGAUCACAGUUUGCCCCUUCUUUUCUUUUUCUGUCCCCUCUAAUACUAUCCUUCGAGAUGAAAUCCUUGGUGAUUUGUCUCCUUCUUGGUGUGGUCUUUGGAGCUGAUGACAUCUUUCCAGGUGAUGGUUACGUAUUUGACCAUCACACUGCCAAGGACUUGGAGCGAGUGCUGUUCGACACUCAUGCUGAAUGUCCCGACAUUACCAGCGUUUACAGCGCUGGCAAAAGCGUGAAAGGCGUUGACUUAUGGGUCAUUGAAAUAACCGAUAAACCUGGAGAACAUGAGAUUGGUGAACCUGAAUUCAAAUACAUUGGCAACAUGCAUGGGAAUGAAGUUGUAGGUCGUGAAAUUCUUCUGAUUCUGAUCCCGUAUCUGUGUAAGAUGUACAAAAAUGGAGAUGCUGACAUCAGAAAGCUGGUUGACAACACUAGAAUCCACAUUAUGCCAUCUAUGAAUCCUGAUGGAUAUGCAAAGGCUUACCAGAAGGUGAUAUUGGAUGAAGAUGGGGACUGGCUGACUGGUCGUACCAAUGACAAUGACGUUGAUCUGAACCGUAAUUUCCCUGAUUUGGUCCAGUACCUGAAAACCAAAAAUCAUGACUUCUCACGAAUCUUUGGCAAGAACAACCACAUAGCAGCAGCCAUGGAGGAUAUACAACAUGAGCUUGAACCAGAAACCGUUGCAAUCAUUGAAUGGCUGCAGGAAUAUCCCUUUGUACUGUCAUCUAAUCUCCAUGGUGGUGAUCUGGUUGCUAACUACCCAUUUGAUUCUAGCUUUAAUGGCUCAACACAGUACCAAGCUUCUCCCGAUGAUGAAACAUUCAUCAAACUCGCUAGCUCCUACUCCGAGGCUCAUGCUAAGAUGGCCAAGGAAAACAGGAAAUCUUGUGAUGGCAGAGAUGGUCAGACAUUUGAUGAUGGUAUUACCAACGGGGCUGCCUGGUACCCACUCAAAGGAGGAAUGCAAGACUAUAACUACCUUCAUACUAACUGCUUUGAACUGACACUGGAGCUGGGAUGUGAGAAAUUCCCACCAGCAUCAAAACUCCAAGGCUUCUGGGAGGACAAUAAACCAGCACUUCUAAAGUUUAUAAACAUGAGCCACAUAGGGAUUGCUGGGUUAGUGACUGACCCUUAUGGUGUGGGUAUUGAACAUGCUACCAUCAAAGUUGAAGGAAUAUCCCAUGAUGUCACUACAGCUGAGGAGGGUGAUUACUGGCGUCUCCUGACUGCUAAUGCAGAUGGUAGUCCACGGGAUUACAAGGUGCAAGCAUCAGCACCUAACUAUCUCCCUUCAAUGCAGAUCUGUACUGUCCAUGAUACCAUGCAAGCCACCGAGUGUAACUUUGUUCUGGAGAGAGAUAAUGUGAUUCCAGCGUUGUCUGCCAGGGAACUGGAAUUACUCAUGAAAGAAUUGGAAAACUACAUCUAAGAAAAUGACCGGUAAUCAUUCCUCUACAAACACCUUGAUGUUGUAAGGCAUUUCAUUUCCACAUAACGUCAGUGUCAGUCUUAGAUCAAACCUUAAAGGAUAUAAAAGUAAUGACAUUGUUAUCAAAGGUGUAACCAGAAACGUUUAAAACUGAAAGAGUAAAAGUAGUUUAAACACUUGGGCAAAGACAACAUACUGGUAUGAAAGUUGGAAAAAUUUCUUUGAUAACUUAAUGAAAUAAAGAAGUGAACAAGAAAAGUAACAAAUCGAAAUGGGUUUUCUUAACAGCCACAUUUUUUUGAAGACUGGCUUACAUUGCUGGGAAGAGUAAUCACAGCAGUUUUAACUAUGUAAAAAAAUCAACGAUUUGAAUCAUUUUAGUGGAAUCAAUAUUUUUAUUUCAUUUUUAAGUAAUAGGGAAUAUCUAAUACAGUUGUGUAUUUUAUAGAAGUGAACAUGAUAUUCUUGGAUGAAUUGUGGAGAAUAAAUUGGGGAAAGGAGGGGUUUUGUUGGGCAACCAUGGACUAUCAGUGUGAUUUUUAACUUGUAUACAAAAGGUCACCUUGUCAAAUGAUUUACAACGAAUGAGAUACAAUGAGAACUAUUGAGGGUAUUUGAGCCCUGCGUGGUUCCUGGGGCACAUUCCAUGGUUUAGUAUUGAUUCAGUAUUAUUCACUGCUUUUGGCUAAAUGCUAUUGUGACUUGCCAUAGCAUUGCCAAAAGUGCCAAAUUUAGACAUGGGCAAAUUAAAGAUGCAUAACAUUUGCUGACACUGUGACUGCUGGGGUCUUGAAGAGUCAUAUCUGUAGCGCUGAUUUCUCAGUAAAGAUAGAGUAAAUCAUAUGCACAACUCAUAAGACACUGGUGAAGCACAUUAAAUGUGUAGAGUAAUAAUCCAACUUGUUCAUCUUACUGGGGUUGGUUUUUCACCACUACUGGCACACUCCAAACAUCCAAAGUUUGCUUGGAUAUUAAGACUUCACACAGUGCAGUCAUUUUAAGUGACAUGUUCAGAGCUUUACAAAACAAACCUGAUGAAGCUUGUACAUUAGAUCCAUUGCAAUGAACACACAGGCUUGAAAGUGUCCCAGGAAUGGUGAAGCAAAACAUUACAGUAUUGGUGAAAUUGGAUUCAAUUAAGUGUAUAUUCAUGAAUGCACAACGUAAGUACUUAAAUGUUUGUUGUGUAACAGUGACUUUAGAAUGUUGAAGCAAUAUGUACUUUAUACAAUAUGUUGAUGGUAUGUGUAUGUGUAGUUGGAGAGAAACAAUAUCCAUGUAUGGUUCAUAAUCAUUGCAACGAAAUUUAACAUUUAUAAAGGAAAUAAGAAGCUUUUGUUAUACAUGUACGUAUGACAUUCUAACAAUGAAUUUAACACGAAGUUUCCUGUAUCUAAUCAGGUAGCUUGUAACUCAGGAUGAUUUUAUUGUAACACUGAGAUUUCUUCCAUGUGAAAGACUCACAGUCAUAAAUUCAUUAUUUAUUUUCAGUUUUAAAAUUUAAAUCACUAUAUUAAUAUGUACCACAUUUAAUCUUUUAAAAUAGGACAAACUUCUUAGAGUAGCAUUCUGUCCUCAUAGAUCAAAGGAACAAUUCUGCUAGCAUCAGAAUACCAGACAACUUAACACAUUCUUGUGUGAUUUCAUGUGCAUUUGGUAUUUUUGAAAAGGCUCCACAAUGAUGACAUGAUUUUGAUACAAGAUUUUGAUUGUCCUUUGGAAUAGCUUAUUCAGAUGGAUAGUUCGAGGUAUUGGGAAAUGAACUCUUUUCCUCUAGUUUUGUCUCAGAGAAAUUUUAUGACUCAAAACACUUGAACGUACAACUGAGGACUGCAGAUUGUUCAACCUAGGAAUGUGAAGUAUUGAUAUACAUGUAGCUGGAAGGGAGCAGUUCUGGUCUGGACACGAUGUCUUCGGUUCCCAUCUGAUCAGGAAUGUUCCUAAAUUAUACCUAAAAGAAUAGAACACGGACAUUCAAAGCUUUGAUACUCAAUUUCCUAGGACUACAGCAAUAUUUGAAGAUAACACUUUUGGUAUAGAUUUUCAGACUGUCGGGUCAUAAAUUUUCAGCUAAAUAUUCAGAUUAGUUUCAGUGACUUGUAAGAAGUGACAUCAUUAAUAAUUAACAUCACUUCUUACAAGUCUGAAUAUUUAGCUGAAAAUUUACGACCAGACAGUCUGACAAUUGACUUAAAAUUCCACCCUUUUGUUUAAAAUUGUCUUGAAUUAGGUUUGUGAGAUGGGUGUUAGUUAAUCUUAUUAAAUGGUACAUAUAUAUUAUUCUGCUUUGUUUGUGUGCUGCCUGCACUUGUACAUGUAAUUAUCAACGUGAAAUAUUUAUGCUGGGAAUGUAAAGGAAAAUUGUAUAUCAUUUACCUAUUGUGAUGCACUCUCUCAGAUGUGUUCCUAUGUGUAUUAUACCAAUAUAUCACAUUUUGCGUGGGUAGUCGUUACUAGAUCCACAUGUAGUUGGAAGUUGACAAACUUCCAGUACAUGUACUUGUAUAAACUAGUUUAUCAACUUCCUAAUACUAA